UAAUCGGAGCAGCAAUUAUAACCUGAACUACGUAGUCAUGGAGAAUCUCUUGCGCAAAAACCUGGACCGAGACUGUGUCAGAAAUGAAAUUAACGAUUUUUCAAUUCAGCUGCAACAACAUCGAGUAGCAUUUACGGCCUACGAUUUCUUCGAAAUGAACAACGCUCUACUCAGUGGUUUUGUCGGAGCGAUCACUACUUAUCUAAUAAUCCUCGUUCAAUGUUAUCGACCCGAUAAUUCAAAUAUGCAAUUAAAUUGAAAUUGCUAAAAAAAAUUAUUGUAAUAAAGAGAUUGUGGUAAGAUAUACCACCAUACACUACAGAAAAAAGUAAUAUAACCAAUAAUAUGUAGUUGCGGGAUGCCAAAUACAGGUAAUACUCAAUACAAUAAUAUUUG